ACCCAGAAUGCAACAGGGAUCCCCUAAGCAACAUAAUGCUUCCAGAGAUCAAUAUUAAAGAUGGACGCUUUUGUUUGGGUGCUGAUAACUUUAUAUACAUGGCCGUUUUUUGAGUUCAGUGUAGCACAAAACACGGACGAUUUCAAUUCUACUUUUGCACGCGCUAACGAAUCUGUCAUUGAUUUGUUAGGUAGACAGAAUUUCACGGAUUAUGAGAAUUCCACCGCUCUAGACGUUGAGAUUGUUUCAACUGCAUCGAAUGUGGUUAGCACAAGAUAUGGGACUGGUUUUAGUACACCGUCAACCACAGAGUCCACGCCACUGUCCAUGUCUCCUCAAGUACCUCUGCCGCUAUCCGGCUCCCUGCCUCCCUCUGUCACGGAUGUUUCCAGAAUUUGCCCGUGCGAUCAAUUAAAGGACCAGUGUGACCCCAACUGUUGCUGUGACCCAGAUUGCAGACAGGAAUUAGCUCUCUUCACCAGCUGUACAGUGAAAACAGUCCGUGGUGAGCCGAAGCUUUGCGGUCAGGACGUGGUCACCUACACUAUUAGUGAAACUAUAGACGGCUAUGCUCAGGUGCAGAGGUCGGUCCAGCAGGAGGUUAACCUAGACGUCUUCUGCAUACAGUCAACUAACUAUGAGGCAGGACUGUCCCUCGCCGCUCCUGAGGUUCCUACCGCAGGGAACUUUGAUGGCCUCUACAAGCACUUUGUGCAGUUCUUGUUUGGUUCUGCCAAUAAUGGGGCCACAACGUCUAAAGUGGAACCUCUAACUUCUCCUGGAUACCUGUACGGAGAUGUCAUAGAAACGGAGGAAGAAAGCAGAGGAAGGGGGUUCUUCCGGUUGCCGGCCCCCUCUGUUACAGCCCACUGCUCUGACCUGAACCCUGCAGCGUUCCUGAGGGAGCAGAGCAAUAGAUGCAUGCGGAGCCUGGUCCUGGAGAGGGACUGUACCACCCUGCAGGCCCUGAACAUGCACAGCUAUACUGACCCCCGUCUCCUCUCUAAGAAGAGUGAAGAUGCGCGAUUUGUUGCUGUGGAGGUGACCUCCAUCGUCCUGCAAUCUUUGGAGGGGACUCAGACCCAGCUGAGUAUCACUGGUGACUUGAGCCUGGACCCGCUACUGUUGAACUCUGUGGCCCCUGACUCCGCAGUGUGCAUCAAUGUGGUGCUCCAGGUUGGUUACACGGUCACAUACAGUGAGGCUGGAGACAUUGUGAAUGUGAAUGCGUCCUUGGUCCUUGGAGCCAUUGACCGUAACAUGGUCCCAAUGGAGCAGGAGUUUCAAAUUGAAUUUGUCCAGCAGAAUGUUGACCAAGUGGCGCUCCACUCCAGUGGGAAUCCUGGUUAUGUUGUGGGGCUCCCUCUACUGGCUGGAUCCAAAACAGCAGAUGGAAUAGUUCACAGUGCUGAUUCGAGGGGAGAUUUUACCCUCCUCCAUGGCUCCAAACUGUCAAACUGUCUCAGAGGGCCCCAUCACCGCUCCCCCGUCCUGUUCGGGGUCGACAUGGUGUCAGGCUGCACGUUGAUGUUGGAUGAGACUGCUAACUGCUCAGUGGUAUCAGAAGUGGUUCUAGGAGUAUUGAGGGGACAAAGCUUCCCCCAGUAUGUGGCCUCUUUUGGGAAUUCACCAUCUCAGAACCCAAUGGACUGGGUGCCGAUAAGGAACCAAACCAAACCUACGGAAGCUCAGAGUUGCAGUAUCCCCCUGUCUCUUCACCUGGAAGUGCAAUGGACCCAAUAUGGAUCCCUGGUGAACCCGCAGGCUCAGAUUGUCAGUGUCAUUGAAGUGAUUCACACCAACACCAGCAACCUGGCGUUACUCUCUGGAGGCAGUCGUGUCAUGUCUGUCACCAGCUCUGUGACCUUCGUACCUGUGUCUGCAGCCGCCCGGCCUGGCUUCAAGGCCUCGCCCACUAUCGACGCCAAGCUGCCUUACGACUUCUUCUUCCCUUUUGUUUGAACGACAGACAGAAGAGGGGGCAGGUGUUGCACACACAAACACACGAAACCACAACUAUGUUUUAAUAUCCUCACCAGCUUACCACUUAGAAUGCAUGGCCAAAUACAUUGCUUCAUUCUUAAUGAUAUGCUAGUGUGGAUAUUGAUGUUGCCUCUUUAGAAUCACCUGGUAUACUGACCAAAAUGUAGAGAAUAAAAACCCUGAUGUUCUCUGAUGGCACUCAGCUGCUGUUACCAACCACCUUUUAUUUAUUUGUACAUACUGUAAUUUAGAUCAAAUGAGAGUAUAAAAAAUAAAAUAAAAAUCAAUAAAGCAACAUUUAAUAAUACUUUCACAGUGAUUCAUACUUGUAUUGUCUUUGCAUAGCAAGCAAUGGGUAUUCAGAAAACAGCAAGAUGCAACAAAUUCAUUACAGGAUCUAAAGUACAAAAUAUUAGCUGAAUAAAGGCAUAGCACAUAUAAAAAUAUCAAGUAAGACGUAUGCUCAUUGCAAUGUGAAAUACUGGCAUAUAAUAUCAAUGAAGUCUGAUCAGCUUUUAUAAUCUGCUUAAAUAUGCAGAUAAUGGUUGGAAGGUUGACCUAAUCAUGUGGAAUCUAUCUAGCCUGAGUGCCAGUCUUUGUGCUAUAUUACCAACUCAUUGUCAUGCCAAAUGUUUGGUUUGACAAUGACAGCAAUUGAGUUGGCAAGAGUACAAACAGAUUUGGGAUUUACAAACAGAUUUAGUAUCUAUCUGGGCAGUGUAAGCUCCUGUCAUGGUGGAAUUACUGACACAAAUGGUGUAUGGAUGGUCAACACCUUUCAGAAUAUGCCCUUGUUUAUUGAUCAAUUACAAGAAAACUUUAGAAGUGGAUAAUGAAAAUGGCAUCUUGUUCCUCUUCCUGCAUCAGUACGCAAUGUCAUGCUGUCGCAGGAGAGCCCGUAGUUUACUGUUCUCUUGUUCCUAAAGAGGUGAAGAGAUUGAAGGGUGUGUUGAAAAAGGGUCUAUUGACAGACUGUAAGACACUCUGUAUAAGAGUGUACUAAAUUACCAAAAUGUAAAUGUCUUCAAACUUGUCUUAGGCGGGUAGGGGUUUGGGUUCCCGGGGACUGGCCAACUCACCGUCUUGCCGCUGCGCUCUUGUAGCUCGCUAACUCGCUGGACCAGUUGAUCGUUGUUCUCCUUCAGCUUGUGAAGUUUGCGAUCGGCCCUUGCCUUCACAGACACCAGGAUACCUGAGUGGUGAGAGAAAACAUGACAUGUUGGACACAAACCCAUUUUACAACAUUGGUGACCUAGCUACCUGUGUGACAUAAAGUUUGUUCAUUAUGGCAUGCAUUGGAUAAAGCUUUAAAAUGUGUGUUUAUUGGACAUGUCCAGGGAUUCCCUCCCUGUUUGUCCAUUUUCUUCCCUUUGAUGUCUAAUGAACAUGAACAAAGUGAGAAAUCUCUCACCGUUGAUUAUCCUCGCCACCCUCCAGAGCCUGAGGAGGAUCAGGAGGCCCAUAGAGGCAUCAAAAGCGUCUUCGCUGGCUGUAUACACAACAUCCAGGAUGAAGGACACAAUCACUACCAGCCCGUCAAACACCUCAAACUUGUGGUGGAAGAACUCCAGCUGGUAAGCAAAGAGCUUCCCAGCCAGCUCCACCAUGAAGAAGGUGAGAAGAGCCAGACUCAGGUAGUGGAACACCUGGUGAAGAGGGAAAGGACAGAAGAGUUGUAGGAAGUUUGGGGUCACAGAUUUUUUGGAGCUGUGUAGUGUUGUUGUCCCCAGGACCGACUUUGGGAAACACUGCACUCUAGACUCACCUGAGGGGCAAUGUGUCCAUGCUCCAAAUUGAUGAUUGAUAUGUCGAUCAGUAGCUCGACCAGCACAAAGAUGGCAUCCAGGAUGACUAGACACACCACAACUAUCUAAACCAGGGGCAAACACUCAUCAGACAAGACCAAUCUUCUGACAAGCAUAUGUGAGAAUUUACUGUCUCAUAUUUGCGGCCUAGACUGAAAAACACACACAUACGUAUGUUCCCCAUCCACAGUUGACAUUUGAUUUGAGCAAAGGUAACAAUUACUAGCUGUGUUUGAUUGAUAGUAUGAGCAUUGCCUACUCCACUCAUAUUCCAUACCUGGAAUUUGUUGGAGCUGUAGAGCAUCUUCAGGGAGUCUCUGAAGGAGAGUUCCCCCUGGGGCAUCUGUCCUGUGGCUGGUCCCAGCUCCUCACUAGCUUCAUGUAGCUCCUCAUCCUGCCACUGGGCUGUGUGGUCGUCACCCACUGUGGUAAAAUGCCUCAGGUACUUGGACAUGGUGAUGCAGGGGGGUGUGGUGGCCCACCAAAAAGAGACAAUUUUCCUGCAAGGGCAUGUGGAAAUUAGAGGUUAAAAGUUUAACUGAAUGUAAUUUAAAAACCUCUGAAAGUCUUUGGGGGGAGGGCUUCUGUGGUGGAGGUGUCUCCCUGUUGCAACUUGUAAUUAAACUGGAUUGAUUUUGGUUGACUUUA